GUUCAGCUGUUCAGCAGCUUGGCAUGCAGCAGGCUGUAUGAUGGAGCAGUGCCCAAGGCAGCCUCUGGCCAGCUUUCUCAUGCUCAGCUGAAGCCUGAAGUUGCACUCGAAUGAGUUUGACACAGUUUCCGAGGUGUGGCUCAUUGAGAACCGAGAGACAAAAUAAGGCUAAUGACAAUGAGGAAUAGUUGAGUUAAUGAGAAAGGGAGGAGAGUAAGAAGGUGUGACGUUCAGGAAGAUGAAAGAUGAAGAAAGGCGGUUGGUCGGCGUAGGAUUGCAGGGGGCUGAGGUGGUAUUUAAGACUAGGGCCAGACAAAAGAAGAGGUGAGGAGAAAGAGAGACAAAGUCACAGGAAACAAAGAAGUGCUCUGUUUGGAUCUGGACGGCUGAGGCUAAAGGAAGAAGGAAGAGAGGGAGAAAGAUGGGCGUCCCUCAGCACACCAAAAAGCCGUCACCAGGAAGGACCACUGGCAGCCGCUUGGUGCCGCAUACGCCACGCCACAUGCGCUCGGGUCAGGUCCGUCACACGCCACGUGCCACUCAGCCUCGGACAGCGGCAGCCCGAAAGCAGCCCCCACACAGCUCGCAGGCUCAUGCACACAUGCAUACACAUCGCUCGCUGUCUGCUCAGGGUGGCCCGGCAAGGCCUGGGAACGGGCACACGCACACGCAUUCUCACACGCACCUGUCGGCUCAUGCUGACCACGGUGGCUGUAACCUCUUCUGCUACCUGUGUUACUGCGGCUACUGCCUGGGUCUAACUCUGCUCUCCUUUUGUCUGCUCCUCCUCCUCUCUCCUCCUUCACCUCGCUCUCACUCCUCCUCUCCUCCUCCUGCUUAUUCUCCCCUUCCUCCUUCUUCUUCCCCUGACCCCAACAAUUACUUCUCCCUGCCCUAUUUCUCCUCUUUCACUUUUCCCUUCUGCCCCCACCCCUCUCUCAACCUUUCCAACCUCUCUGCUUUCUUCCCUCUCUCCUCCACCGACUCUCUACUUCCGGAUCACUUUCCUUUCAAUCUCUCCGCCUCUUCCAUCCCAUGUCCCUCCCCCUCCUCUUCACUGCUCCGCCCCUCUCACCAUUCCUCAUCUUCAUCUGAUCGCUCCCCUCACCACUCCUCCUCUCUUUUGCCCCGUCCCUUCAUGCUGGUCCCUCCCUCUCUCCUCCUCCUGCCUCGUCCCUCUCUUUGUCACUCCGGACCUCCCUCCUCUUCCUCCUCCUCCUCUCGCUCCUUACCCUCCCUCCUGCUCUGCCCGCACAGCUUUGCGGAUCUGGAGUCCAUCCCACUGUCAGGGGCAAUGCCACGCCCCCGGACACUGCUCCGUCAGCAAAGCCUCCAGCAGCCCCUCGUUCACCAGCCGCCAGCCCCAGGCCUGGUCAGCCGGCCCCCCAUCUCCCAGAGCCUGGGUCAGCUCCACCCCCAGCCCUCCUCUGCUGGAACAGGUGGUGGAGGGGCAGGGCCAGGGGGAGGAGGGGGUGGGUCAGCGGACUCUCAGCGUGGAGGAACAGCAACACAAGCCUCCAGGGGUGGCACAGGGGGCGGUGCCUCACGCUAUAGGUCAGGAGGCGCUGGGAGCCGGGCCUUGCGGGGAAACCCAGGCAGCUGGGAUUACAUGAUGAGCCAGAUCAAGAACCGUGGCUUGGACGUGAAGUCUUUCCUGGAAGGGAAGUUUGUGGUUCUCUCUCUGGCGAUUGGAUUGGCUGAGCAGGAUGACUUUGCUAAUCUACCUGACCUACAGGAGGUACCGCCCAGUCAAGAAACUCCUUCUGACAAGAGUAGGAAUAUGGGAAAUAAGCCAGCCAACAGCCCUAAGGGUCAGCCUCCAGAUGCUGAUGGACAUUCCUCUGUCUCUGACCUAGCUAACUCGCUCACCGGAGACAUGGUGAUGUUGUCUCCUGGCUCGGAUGAAGACCAUGAAGGACCAGUCAGCGAGAAGUUAGGCAGGAUUCAGUUCAGUGUGGGCUACAGUUUCCAGGAUUCUACUCUUACUGUCAAAAUCAUUAAAGGUCAAGACCUGCCUGCUAAAGACUUCUCUGGAACCUCUGACCCCUUUGUAAAAAUAUACCUGCUGCCUGACAAAAAGCACAAACUGGAGACCAAAGUGAAGAGAAAGAACCUUAAUCCUCACUGGAAUGAGACAUUCCUGUUUGAAGGGUUUCCAUACGAGAAGGUGCGAGAGCGGACAUUGUACCUUCAGGUGCUGGAUUAUGACCGCUUCAGCAGGAAUGACCCUAUAGGUGAGGUGUCCAUUCCACUAAACAAAGUGGAGCUGGGCCACAACCAGACCUUCUGGAAGGAGCUGAAACCAUGCAGUGAUGGGAGCGGGAGUCGAGGAGACCUGCUUGUUUCUCUCUGUUACAAUCCCACUGCUAACACCAUCACAGUUAACAUCAUUAAAGCACGCAACCUAAAAGCCAUGGAUAUCGGAGGCACUUCAGAUCCCUAUGUGAAGGUGUGGCUCAUGCACAAAGACAAGCGUGUGGAGAAGAAAAAGACAGUGACCAUUAAGCGCUGCCUGAACCCUGUCUUUAACGAGUCCUUCCCCUUUGAUAUCCCCGCACAUGUGCUCCGAGAGACCACCAUCAUCAUCACCGUCAUGGACAAGGACCGGCUGAGCCGUAACGAUGUCAUUGGCAAGAUCUAUCUGUCAUGGAAGAGUGGCCCGGCAGAGGUGAAGCACUGGAAGGACAUGUUGAGCAGGCCGCGCACCAACGUGGCGCAGUGGCACGCCCUCAAAGCCUGAUCGCCCUCACUUUGUCCCACCCCCCCACCCCCCACACACCUUUGACCCUCGAGCCCCAGCCCCACCCUUAUGCACAAGACUGACUCGCUGCCAGACUGCAAAACACGGGUACUUUUAGCCAUCCACUCUCGUAACCUUUAACUUUCAACCUUGAGCUUCUUUCUUUUUCUCACCUCUUAUCUUCUCUUUUUCUCUCUUUCUUUCUCUCUACUUUCUCUCACUCCCUCUGUCUCUCUUUUCUGCUCUUCCUCUUUCAUCUAACCCUUUUUAAAUCUCUGCUGUAAUUUUGGUAACAUGUUUUGUUAAGGUCUGCAUAUCAAGUGAUCUUAAGCCUUCAGUUACGUUAUCCAAGUAGCUCACCUUUUGUAACUCUAAGCAAAUAAUAAGUCUUGACUUGUCAGUGUACCUGCUGUUACACUUGAACAGUGACUAAAGUUAAAUGAAGCCAUUUAAAAAAGCUGUAUGCAAACUUUAAUGUAAUGUGUUACCAAUGUUUAAUUUUCUUCUUAUACCUCUUUCACUUUCCACUGAGCCCAGCUCUCUGUUUAUCUGUGUGAGUGUAUAUACUCAUUCUCUAGAGGUCACACGUCGCUCCUCUGUCUGCUCCUCCUUGGUUCGCAUGCAUCUGUCUUGUUUUCUGUCCUCUUAUCUCCCUUUCUCGUGUUUUCUAUCCUCCACUCUCCUUCUCGCUCCUGUUUUUGUGGGUCAGUCUUCACUCUCUCAUUAACUCCAGGCAAGAGCCUUCGGGCGCUCAAGGGAGCUCAUUUAUCAGCCAUCUUAUGGACUUUUUCAAAACUGCGCAUAAGAGGAAUUCUGGGAAGUGUAUUUUCUCCAGACCUCAGACAUCCCUUGUGAAUCUAAGGCCUAUAGGUCAUAUUCAUUUAAUGCAUAAAGUGUGAAUGGCGGGCCCUCAGAUAUGUCCUUUGUUGCCUUUCCUUUUUGCUUCUCAUCACCAUCUCCAUUCUUAAAUUCAUUCAUCCCAGUUCCUCUUGUUCUUCUUCCAUCUUUUUGAAUUGUUCCGUUAUCUCAUCUCCGGUCUGUCCUUUCUUCUCCUUCUCUGUCUCUCUCUCUCUCCCCUCUCUAUUUCUCUUUCUUUCUCUUUGUCCAAAUGAUAACCUGUCCUUCUGUGUGACGUCUGUGUGACCCUCUUUUCUCUAUCCCUCUCUCUUGAUCUUUUUUCUCCGUGCUCUCUCUAUCUUUAGCACAACAGUAGUAAAUUUCCCUUUUUUCCUGGGACACUUUGUCGUCUGUGUGCUGUGGGUGACGUGAUGUAGCUCCAACAGAAAUAUUAUUUAUCUUACUGAACUCUGAACCCAAUCGGGAUGAAGGAAAAACCACAAUUCCGAGACAUUGUGUUCCUCUGCAACAUUCAAAGGAAGAGAUGUAAAAAAAAAAAAAAAACAAACAAAAAAAACACACACACAAAAAAGCUUGAUGUCAUUUUUUUUUUCAUAAAAAUA